UAUGGGGAGUGAUACAUCUGCUAAAUGAAUAAAUGUAAAUGUAAUGUAAAUAUAAUGUGAUCAAAAAGUUUAAGUUGUUGGGCUAAGAUAUCUAACCCUUUUAUGAUUGCAGAAAUGUUAUUUCAGUACACACAUUAAUUGUGACCGAACGCAAAACACAAAUUUUCACACACUGUUCAAAAAUAAAAAAAUAAAUAUAUUAUUAUUGUUGUUUAUUUCAAAGGGUUAAUAAUGACACAUCAUUUUGGAUAUUUUCGUGUCUGGGAUAUAAUUGGGAUUAAACGGGUUAAGAGCCAGAAUGGAGAUGUAGACUACACGCUAUAUACUGCAUAAAUAUAUUAAACAUAAGAUGUAAGGCCAUUUGAUUUUCAUCGCAGUCCCCCCUGUAAGCAGCCUUGCAGCCCUCGUGACGUCACGAGGGCGUUCCCUCCCUGUGCGCCAGGUGCGUCUCACCUGAGCUCGGCAGUUCUUCCUCUAGCGACGGGAGCUGCAGCAUCCUCCUCCUCCUCCUGAAGAUGCUGGCGCUGAGGUCCAUCGGCAGCUGCCUGCCGUUAUUCGUCAUGGCGAUCGUCUUCGACAUCCUCGGUGUGAUUCUGCUGUUCGUCGGGAUUUUCGGUAACGUGCAGAUGCACGGCGUGUUUUACGGGGAUUUCCUCAUCCACACCGGCGCGCUGGUCCUGUUCGCCAGCCUGGCCUUGUGGAUCAUGUGGUAUGUGGGGAACAUCAGGGUGAAGGAUGAAGGUUUGGCGCGCAGCUCGAGCGCCGCAGACAGCGUCAAAAAACUCGCGAGGAAGCUCACGCAGAGACUUUCCAAAACACACCUGAAGGACAACACCGGUGAGAGAACAGGAAGCAAAGCUUCCACCCUUCGAAACGUAACUUGGGGGAAAUCCACCUUUUUCCCAGGACACAAAGAUCCCGAGUCGGAUUUGAUCAAAUGUGAUGAACUAUCCAAAGAAAAGUCAGAUGAUGAUCAGUUCAUGUGCUACCAGAACCAAGGGUACGAGGACGAGGAGUCCUGCAAACCGAUUCCAGAGGAGACAGAAGACCAGAGCCGGUCAGAAGACGGUCCUGAAGCAGACGCUGAUCAAGCUCAGGAGGAGACGCCAGACGAUCAGCCAGAGAGCAUUGAUGUUCGGCUCUGAGAAGAGGUCCUAAUAUAAUGACUGAACAGCCAAGAACCUUCAAUGGUCUUCAAACUUUUGCCAUCAUUUAGAGAAACUGCGUGCAAUUGAAAUGGUACAAUAUUACUUUAGUAAAACUGCUUAAAUGUAGUGAAACACAACCGUCUGUUGUGUUUAUAUGGGGGUUGAAGUUUCUCAAUGGCUUGAUAUCUAUAAAGCAGGGUGGAUGAUAUAACACUGUAAUACAUUUAAUGCACACCAAACUGGUGAAAUGAACUCUACUUGCAAAAAAAUCAUUAGAAGAAUUUAUAAUGCUUCAACAUCACCAGCCGAAUGUUGAUCAUCUCAAAAUGGCCAAAAUACUGUCUGAUGUAUAGACAUUCAUUGUGUGUCAUUGUGUCCACUUGUGUUGUGUUUGUUAUCAGUGAUAUUCUCUGUUGGUGUAAAGAGCUACCCGGGUACAGCCCUUGUUUUUUUGCACAUCCUCAUUUGUGAAUUCACGCACCACCUCAUGCAUUGUAGGAAUGCAUUUCCCUUUCAAAGUGAAAGCUGAGAGUUCAUGCAAACUCCUCCAGAGUCAAGCCAUUUCAUUUGUUACACUCAGUGAUGUCACCAGCGACCGAACCAGUCCCAAAGCAAACACAGAGGACUGAGAGUUUAAACAUGGGACCUGUGGCUUCAUCUGGGUACACAAGCGAACAUUUAAAAACUUUACAUAGGUGUAUGUAUAUAUAUAUUUCAAAAUAUACAAACAGGGUCAAAAUGUUUUCUAAAAUGUUUUAAAACUAAUGUAAAUAACUUUUCUACCAAUAUAUUUUGCCCGUAUAUAUA